CAGAGGUAUGUGCGAGACGCGCCCAGGUUCAUUUCACAGUACGAACUCCUACCGGUGCUCAUCCAGAGUUGGAGUGCAGUGUGGAGCUAGACAUCUCUUGGAAAUCAACUUAUUCUGUUUGCCGGAUACACUUAUACUUUAAGAGGGAUCAGUAUUUUACAAUAUGAACUCGUAAGAGAAAACCGAGGCUUUCACUUCGAAGAUCACUUGACCAGCCGUCAUGGAAGGAAAAGAGGAGAUCAGUGAUACUGACAGUGGGGUUAUUCUGCAUUCUGGGCCUGACAGCCCCACCACAGUGAUGAAGGAUGUGAAUACUCAUACUCGGGUCAUGAAACUCAAGCAGCAAGCUCUGGAGGACAGGCUGAAGAUGUGCUUACUGGAGCUCAAGAAACUCUGCAUCAGAGAGGCCGAGCUCACAGGACAUUUGUCCUCAGAUUAUCCCCUGUUACCUGGAGAGAAGCCCCCUCAAAUUCGUCGGCGCAUCGGAGCUGCUUUUAAAUUAGAUGAGCCAAGCAUCCUACAUAGAACUGAGGACUCUGAGCUGAGCUCUGUGGAGGCAGGUCUGGCUCUUCAGCAGCAGAUAUACGUAGCGGCCCAGAGACUGUGUCAGGAGGAACAUCUCAGCAAAGCGGUGAAGAGGAGUCGUCUACAGCAGUACCAGCGUGAGGGAAGGAAACUCAAAGAGCUACAGGAAGCUGUGUUCAGGCUGAGACUGGAACAUGGCCGAUCUUCACCACGCCCUGGCAUAAUCACACAGAGAGGAGGCACUUCAGACAAUAGCUCGUUGUCAGACUCUGCUGUGCUGGAUGAGGAGGAACUGUCUUCCCAGCUUUCUUCAGAGCCUCCUGCUGUAGACUUUCACCCUCCACCUCUAACCAACUCUCAUCCCCCUCCUCAUACACCUAUAGUCCCCUCCUACCGGCCCCUCGAGGCCACUGUUCGUCAAACCCCGCCACAAUCCCUGGAGGAUUUGCACACAUGCCAGAGUCCAGUCUUAGAGCAUGACCCUGCCCCCAUUCAAAGCUCUCCCUGGAUGGAGAGUAGUUUGGACCAGCCCUAUCAGAAAAAGAAAAAAUCUCACUCUAGUAGCAUCAAAUCCAGUAGUCCUGCUGUUACCCCCACGUUGCCUCCUCUGGAGGUCUGUCUUGCGGAGGCCGGGAUACCACUGCAGAUACCCACCCAUGCUGCUUUGAAACACACACAGUCCUGCAGCGCACCCUCCACUCCAGAGAUGCACCUGCGCAGGAUACAGUCCCUUAGAGUUCCCUACACUGAUCCCAACCCUUAUGAUCCCGAGCGGGAACGUGGGCGCUCAAGGGGCCCCAGGAGACGGUUGACAGACUUUGCGGUGACACCAUCAGAAUACUCUCCAAUAAGUCUAAAUGUAGGAAACCCUUUGUACUACUCUAGUUCCGAGGACAGCAACUCGGAGCACUCUGUGCAGUCCUACACCAGCUCUCCCUGCCAGGAGCACACUGGGGAACUUCUGUGGCCCUACCAGCCCCAGUACGGAUACCAAUACACCAGCUUCAAUGACUACCACAUACCACAAAGAUGCUCUCCUACCCACUUCUACAAGAACGCUCAGUACCAGUCCUCACCGAGUUUUUCCAGGGGGUACGUGGAGGACAGAUGGGGUCACCCCUUGGAAAUGGACAGCGGAAGAUCGUUGUACAUAAGCCACCAGGCCCCUUCGCCUGUUUAUUCGUCUAAUGGUCACUAUGAGUACUGCUACAGUGAGGCUUUGGCUUCCCAGCAGCGAAAUUGCAGGUUGUUACCCGCCCACGUGAAAUUGUCACGGGCUCCUUCGCUAAAAGAGUAUCCGCACCAUCCUAGCAGAGGCCUGCCACGGCAGGUGGUGUCGGAGGAACUCAAAUCGUGGCACCAGCGCAACCAACUCCGACCGCCUCGCCCACACUCGCUGGACCGGAACAGGCAGGGCGCGCUCCGCAUCCGAAAUGUGCCUGGGCAAGAGUCCCCGCUUUCGCUUUCCCAGCACCACCAGUUCCAGGAACAGCAGAUCUGUAUCAGGUUUCCCACAGUCAUGGAUAAACUGGAAAUAUCAGGGAAUUUUAAAAUUGUGCUUUCCUGGAAAAAUGUCAUUGGAGUUCACAGAAUCAUAAAGACAGUCAUAGACAUUUCUAUAGUGAAUAUGUGUUUUAUUUAUGCUCAGCUCGGAACAAUGAGCAAUUAUAUCAUCAUACUAACACAUCAUCUUCACAACAGUACCUAAACUACCCAAACGUUAUUUUACUUUAUAUAUAUCUUGAUAUAAAAAGACAAGUUUUGAAAGAACUUUACAGUAGAUCGGUAACCGGGUGCAAUUACAAUUGUGAUUACACACUUCACUCACAUACUCUGCUCCAAAUGCAGCAAAUACUUCAUCAGAUGGAUCAUUUGCUUACUUUGAAUUAUUUGUAUUGUCACACACAGGUUUUCAUUCCACUCAAAGCUUUCCACAUUCCUCACAGUCAUGAACUUUCCCAUUAACACGACAAUCUAGUGGGAAAACAUGCAGUCAAGGUUGUUCUGCGGUUUAUUUCCAUUCGAGCUUGCGGUGGCUACAGUGUGUGAACUUGAUAUGUAGGUGAGCAUUCCAUUCCUCAGGGACAAAAGCUUGAUUGGAUGGAAGGAAACGGUGAUAGCGGCCCGGCCCAUUAGCUCCUUUAUUUCUCAAGAGAAAGCCAGAUAAGUUGUUUGGCCAAUGCACCUCUACUCCAACUUUAGCAUCUCCUCGAGCAACAUUUUAAUAGCUGGCAUGUUCCUAGCUGAAACCGAUAGGUGUCAUUGUUAGCUGCUUUUUUUCCCUAUUGUUUGGCAUUGAAUUAGAUAAAGAGGCAAAAAUACACCUGAAAACCUGAGCAUACGCUGUGGUGUCACUCGUCAAGCUAAAGUCAUUUGUUAAGAUGUCAGAAGGAUGAUUCCCAAAGACCUAACGCUGUUUACUGUAAUCCAUUACUAAUUGGAGUACUAGGAAACUUAAGUUCUCCAUUACAGUUAAAAUAGAUUGAACAUUGACGUCAAUAGACUAUGUCAGUAGUUUUGCUUUGGGACCCAGAUUUUGUGCCCCAAAAUGGUUUAUUAUAUAAAAUGAAACAAUGAAAUAAAAAGAACAAAAUGUAAAAUAUUUACAGACUCAAUGGUAAUACAACAGAAGACAUACUACAUUGUUCACAUACUGUUUUUCACCUAUCAUAUGUAGUAUGGAGGUAGGCAUAUUCAGACAUGAUUGUUCCCCAGAACUGAUGUCUCUGACCCUAUCAGUAAAUUUUUUUGAGUUGCGACACAUCAUUUGAGAACUACUGAUUUAAAUCAAUCCCAAACACAAACUGUUUCUCAAACAAGAAUGUGGGUGCCAGUGUUAUUUGGGUGGGAGUCGGGUAAUUUACACUACAGUCAAAAAUGUGCACUCAGACAACUAGAGAAUGCAGUGCACAUGUACCGACAAGUCUCAUAACAAAUGAUUGAAAAUUCCCUGCUGAAUAAAUUUAAGAUGGAGUACGAAUGCCUUCAGGAUACAAGUAAAAUGAGGAACUUGAGUUGUCACUCAUUUUGAAACUUUGCAGAAACUACAGGAAUUCAACACCACAAACUAUCAGAUGCAUGAUUUGGGUGGUUAAUUGAGUCAUUUUGGUCUUGGGCCGUCCCUUUGAAGAUAUUUAGAUCAUAUGUGGGAACAUCAGCACUGCCUGAGACACACAUUUGCUUCGCUAUAUUCGGUAUAUCAUGUCAUGCAAUAAUUUAGAGUCAUGUGCAGAGGCAGCUGUCUUGAAGACUACUACUCAAAUAUUAUUAUCUGAGAAACUUUUAGCGUAAUGAAAGACACUUUGGUCUUUCCUGUCCUUUUGCAAUGACUCUGUAGUUAACAAAAUAUUUGGAUAAAAUGGGACAAAAUUCUGCAUAUACACUCUAAAGCAUUCCAUAAUUGCUUGCAUUUCUGGUUGUUAGAAUACACUGUGAGAUCCAUGAUUUAAGACGCAGCUGUUGUGUAACCCAGAUUUAUGACACACCUUCAGACAACACCACAGAGCUGCUGAUUGUGCAGUCACUCCGGAGUUUCAUCAAGAGUUACUAGAAUGUUAAAGCAAUGCAAACAGAUUUCCCUAUGGACUGACCUCUUUUCUUUUUGCUUUUCUC